AUGUCUAUCUUCGCUCCAUUCUUUCUCUCUUUCUUUCUUUGGUUUUCCAUUAGUUCUUUGCUUUAUCGUUCUUUCUUUUUUUCUUUCUUCCCUUCUUUCUUUCUUUCUUUUUCCAUUAUUUCUUUUCUUUACCGUUCUUUCUUUCUUUCUUUCUUUCUUUCUUUCUUUGGUUUUCCAUUAUUUCUUUUCUUUACCGUUCUUUCUUUCUUUCUUUCUUUCUUUCUUUGGUUUUCCAUUAUUUAUUUCUUUGCUUUACCUUUCUUUCUUUCUUUCUUUUUCUAUUAUUUCUUUGCUUUACCGUUCUUUCUUUCUUUCUUUGGUUUUCCAUUAUUUCUUUUCUUUACCGUUCUUUCUUUCUUUCUUUCUUUCUUUCUUUCUUUCUUUCUUUCUUUCUUUACCGUUCAUUCUUUCUUUGGUUUUCCAUUAUUUCUUUGCUUUACCUUUCUUUCUUUCUUUCUUUCUUUCUUUCUUUCUUUCUUUCUUUCUUUCUUUCUUUCACUGAAACCGAGUAGCGUCGUUUUCCUUCUUUCCACACGAUCAAAACGCAAUAGUCCAUUAUUUAUUAGGCCCUAUAUCUAUCUAUCUAUCUAUUACUUGAUACUAUCUAUCUAUCUAUCUAUCUAUUACUUGAUACUAUCUAUCUAUCUAUCUAUCUAUCUAUCUAUCUAUCUAUCUAUCUUACAAAUACAAGCCUCCAUUGUGAAAUCACUCCAUAACACUAUCUAUCUAUCUAUCUAUCUAUCUAUCUAUCUAUCUAUCUAUCUAUCUAUCUAUCUAUCUAUCCAUUCUGUUCAUAUCUAUAUAUCUAUUCUCAUUCUGUUCAUAUCUAUAUACACCUGUUCACCUACGAUCACCGAAGUUAAGCAACGAUGA